UGUCCCGAAGCUUCAACAUCUUUCCCCGUCGUUCCACGAUCAUGGCAUGAAAUCACCUCCGCUCUAUAAAUGGGCGCGGCAAACUCGCCAUCUCCCACCGAACAAGCGAGCAAGAUAAGAACCACUUAGCUGCAGUCCGUAGAACAUCGGCUUCCGAGUUUCAACGAUCUCAUCGACACUCUCUCGUUUCAAUUCUCGAGCGACUUUUAAAGCUCCCUAUCUGGUGCAAUGGCUGACGCGAACGCCCCCUUCGCUCUCGUCAGCCGCCUCUCCCCGGCCGCGCGCCUGCCCAUCCGUGCCUGGAGGGCCGCGAGGCCAGCGCCGCUCUCGACCGGCGGGAGAACCCGCCCGCUCUCCGUGGCCUCCGCGGCGCAGGAGAACAGGGACAACUCCGUCGACGUCCAAGUCAGCCAGGCCCAGAACGCCGGAAACCAGCAGGGCAACGCAGUCCAGCGCCGCCCUCGUCGCGCUGGAUUUGACAUCUCCCCGUUCGGGCUAGUGGACCCGAUGUCGCCGAUGAGGACGAUGCGGCAGAUGCUUGACACGAUGGACCGGCUGUUCGACGACGCCGUGGGGUUCCCCACGACGCGGCGCUCGCUGGCGGCGGCGAGCGAGAUGCCGCGGAUGCCGUGGGACAUCAUGGAGGACGACAAGGAGGUGAAGAUGCGGUUCGACAUGCCCGGGCUGUCGCGGGAGGAGGUGAAGGUGAUGGUGGAGGGCGACGCGCUCGUCAUCCGCGGCGAGCACAAGAAGGAGGCCGGCGAAGGCCAGGGCGAAGCAGCGGAAGGCGGCGACGGGUGGUGGAAGGAGCGCAGCGUGAGCUCCUACGACAUGCGCCUGGCUCUGCCGGACGAGUGCGACAAGAGUCAGGUGCGCGCCGAGCUCAAGAACGGCGUGCUGCUCGUGUCCGUGCCCAAGAGGGAGACCGAGCGCAAGGUCAUCGACGUGAAGGUCCAGUGAUGAGUACGUAUGUGCGAGACUGUACCCUGUGUCUGAGGCUUUAAGAUUUCAGCUGUCCCAAUAUGACCGUCGGCGAGUGAGUGCUCUUUGUAGGCGUAGUGUGCCGUUCUUCUCCGAUCCUCUCUGCGCGCUCGUUCGCAGAAUACGUAGAGCUUUAUGUAAAUGUACUUGGCAAAUCAAUGAAUAAGUGUUCGGCUGCUUGAUCAGCUGCACACACUUCGAUUAA